AUGACAAGCUCGAUCAGACCCUUUCAGGAGCAACCAAUUUGCCUCCCGAAUCCAUACUCAAUUGAGAUCCCCGAAGGAAAAGCCAGCCAGUCACCCGAGAAGCGUAGAUUGUGCAAAAAAAGGCGAAGAGGGUGUGCGCAGGCUUUUGGUAAGGGGGGCCAGCGGGAUUUGGUCGUAGUAAUAGUCGCAAGCGAAGGAGAGUUGAGUUGGAUUGAAUGUAACUCGGCGAAGGCGAGAGUAGCCAUGGAGAAAGAAGGACAUCUCGCCUUGCCACCCCCUUGCUUGACAAGUAUCAAGAUAGCACAGCUUAAAACAGUCUGGAGAUGGGACUCCUUGCUGGCGUGUGCCUUGUGCCUGUGCCUGCGUCUGCGAGGAGGAAGAAAGAAGCAGCAGAGGCGGCCAAAAUAA